AUGUUUAUGACUGAUGUACAUAGGAAAGAAGAAAUUAGAAAUGUAGCAAUCAAACACCUACGAAAAUAUGGAAUUAAGUAUAGAGGAAAAACGACUAGACACCCACAGGCUAUCAAAUCCAAGAAGCUUUUCAAAGUCCCAAUACAAAACUUAGAAAAUGAGACUGUUACUCUGAAAAAUGGACAACAAUUAAUUGUUCCAAAAAGACUGCAUGAAAUGUGUUCAUAUAUACUGACAAAAGUUGAAACUGAGGGUAUAUUUCGAAAGGAAGGCUCAAAGUCCAGACAAAAUGAGAUUAAGUUAUCUUUGGACAGAGGAUGUAUGCUUGGAAUAGAACACCAUGUUAUUGAUGUUGCUGUUAUUCUAAAAUGCUUCCUUAGGGAGUUGCCAGAACCUCUUAUACCUUAUUCAUUUCAUGAACUAUACCUACGAUGCUCUUUAAUAGAAAAAAAGACUGAAGCAUUACUUCUGUCAUGUUUACUUUUACCUACUGAACAUCUCAAUAUUUUAUCCUAUUUGAUGCAGUUCCUGAAUGAAGUAGCAAGCUACUCAAAGUACAACAAAAUGAAUUCCUACAAUAUUUCAGUAAUUCUAGGGCCCAACAUUUUUCCAGUAAAUGAGAAAAUUGCACCAAAAAAUAAGCUCAUGGUGAAGAAAACUUGUGAUAUCAUCAAGUUCAUGAUAGAUAAUUCUAAUAAUAUUGGAUUGAUACCUGACUUCAUUCUUGAACAAAUCAGCAAUCUGAAGGCUGGGGACUUGGAAAAUGCAGAUAAAGUUAAAAGGAGAAGAAGUGGCUCCUUGACAAGGAUAUUCAAUGGCCUCAAAAAAAUGGUGAGCACGCGAACUGAACCUGAGCAUCCACCAGAUCUUAUUUUGACACAAUCUAUACCCCAAAAUGUGGAUAAGUUCACCAAACUAAGGUGCCAUGAAGAACCCGCCCCGCCGAAAAAGAACAUUUUAGAACGCAGAUGGUCAGCCAUAACGUCUGCCACGACAUUUAAGAGAAAGAAGAGAGAAUCAUUCAUCUACCAUCCCAAUGAGAACAUCACUUCAAACAGCCCCAAGGCUGAUUACGUAAGGGUUUCGAAAACGGAGUAUGAAGAAAUCAAAAGCCGCGUGUCGGCCAUCGAAAAAAGAUUGUCCCUGGAAAUAGAAAACGCCCAGUCCACUGUGGUGCACAAUGAAGUAAACAUAAUCCAUGACAUACAAUCUGCCUACGAGAAAACUCUGGGGCAGGCUGAGCAGAUGAGCCCGGGGACUGACCAGCUGGCGAGAAGACUCAGCAGGGAGCUCAGAAUAAGGAAUUCGGACCAGAAGAUGAUCCGCUCGCCCAGCGCUAGAAAAAUCGGGACUAUUCGAAGGAGGUCCAGGGAGGGCGAGCGACCUCCGAAAGUCGCAAGGAAUCCUUCAUUUGACCAUAUUAAAAACAGCUGCAAACCUAGCACCUUGACCCGUAGCAUAUCCUCCCCAAUCCAGAGCAACAUUCUGAUAAACACAAAUAUUUUCAGCCCUUCUCUACAAGUCGAUGCUAGAACUCGUGUUUCUAUCCAGUCGAAGCAUUCCACGUCGCCUUCCAUCGGAGAUAAAUCUCCAGGAAAUAGGUCUAGGUCUAGAGAGAGGAGAGCUCUUAGACGUAAUGUCAAUGUUACCCCCAGGCGUCCCAUUUUGAAGCAGAGACUGUACAAUUUCGAUGGACAUCGUUUCAUAGAAAUCAGCGAGGAUAAUGAUCACAAUAAGGAGAACAAUUUGGAGGAGAAGGGGGUUUGGACUCCUAGUGCUGUGCCACACAUUAAGAGGGCUAUUUCUGUAGUGAGAUCGCCUAAGAGGCUUUGCAUAACUCCAAAGGUGGCUAGGGUCAAUACGCCUCUUAGGGUGUUGCCUAAUACGAAUAUGUUUGAUUUGUAG